AUGGAAAAUAUAGGAAUAUGUGUCAGUUUGGGACACCAGAACUUCUCGAAAGAAACACAAAGCAUUGAAAGAAAUGAGCCAGGUAAAACUAUUGUACGUAUUGAACCAAGUAAAAUUAUUGUACGUAAUGAACCAGGUAAAACUAUUGUACGUAUUGAACCAGGUAAAAUUAUUGUACGUAAUGAACCAGGUAAAACUAUUGUACGUAUUGAACCAGGUAAAGCUAUUGUACGUAAUGAACCAGGUAAAACUAUUGUACGUAUUGAACCAGGUAAAAUUAUUGUACGUAAUGAACCAGGUAAAACUAUUGUACGUAUUGAACCAGGUAAAGCUAUUGUACGUAAUGAACCAGGUAAAACUAUUGUACGUAUUGAACCAGGUAUAACUAGUGUACGUAAUGAACCAGGUAAAACUAUUGUACGUAAUGAACCAGGUAAAACUAUUGUACGUAUUGAACCAGGUAAAACUAUUGUACGUAAUGAACCAGGUAAAACUAUUGUACGUAUUGAACCAGGUAAAACUAUUGUACGUAAUGAACCAGGUAAAACUAUUGUACGUAUUGAACCAGGUAAAACUAUUGUACGUAAUGAACCAGGUUUAAUGACUUCAAAAGCUGUGAAACACUUAGAACAGUCAUAG